CGACCCAUUAUUAUUAUCAGGGUUACAACCAUAGGGUACAGGUCAAGCGACAACAUUGAUACUUCUUGCCAGCUCGCUGGUCGCUACCGAUUCAGCUCAUCCAUCCGUUAUGACCACCCAACAACCCUCGCCCAAACGAAACCGCUUCCGACCAGCCACCUCGUCGGAAUCACGCGUGUUUACCAGGACGUCGUCUGAACAGGCCGGGGAGAGGUACGGGAUCGAGGAUGAUACGACGUGGAAGGUGUUUGGGGUUGGGGCCAGGGUCAGGCAGAACGUGACCACCGGCUACCAGACCGCCCCAACCUUUUCUCAAUCACAACUCCAAUUCAACGCUCAGCCUAUCCCCAUCUCCAUCUCUGGCAACCCUACGCAGGACCUCGAUUUCCAGGAGCCUGAUUUCCUCAAACCAACCCACGCCAACGCUCUAGGAGGUUCGAGCGCGAGUUCCUCGGACUCUAUCACUGCGCCGACCGUCGAAGCUGGAGCGGGGAACGGGUACUUUCCCGCUCAUCUGAAUAGGGAGAGGGAUUUCCCUCGAUACCAAUCUUCCCCCAACCCUACUUUCUCCCGGUCUCAAAACUACGGGUUCCAGACGUCCAACCAGACCCUGGCCUCAGCCAAAGCACAUUGGACGUCGGAGCAGGAGAAGUUGGAAAAUCUGGUCCGACGAUUGAAACCCAAGGUCAGGGGAGAGUUGAGGGGGAUGGCCGAGGUCUUUGUACCCGGUCAAGAGGAUGUUGACGCAAGUGGGAUGCACGAGGACAGUGACGAGGCCCGGGCAGGCAAGGUCGACGAGUUUGGGUUCAGUCGGGGUACGAAGCGAGCGGGUGGGAGACACGCUAGGUCGGCCAGCGGGGAGAACAUGUUUGGGUCAGGCGUGGAUGGGAACCAAUCGGACGAUGGGAUGGCCAGCGGUACGGACACCGACGAGCCUUCUCAGCCCCAGUCUCAUUCUCACUCACACGCUGUUGCCAACGAGUCUGAUUUCGGAACUCCGGCGUUCAUGAGGUCUGCCAAGUCGAGAGGAUUGCGACCUACGAAAUCCCUUCCGGCGAGAAGUUUCGCUUUCGGAGCUCCAUCUUCGCUCAACCCGGCGGAUGCUGGUCCGAUGGCGGCCCCAUUCACUUCAGGGUUCUUCAGCCCUCACGUGUCCACCGCCGACUUCUCCGCUCGCGGUACUUCUCCUCCUCUCGGGAUGGAGGUCGAAGGUAGCGCAACGGAGGAAGAAGGAGAAGACGGGUUUGAUAUGGACGAGGCGUUCGGAGGGGAAGGGGACGUGUUUGGGAGCACGAUCGGGGGGUCGAUGGAUACCGGCGCCUCGAGCGUACCUCAGGGUGAAACUCAGGGGGGUCUUGGCGAGUGGACGAACAGGACGGACUUUUAGAUGCUGAGAUGGCGUGUCUCUGUAGUAUGUCAUGUAAUAAUGUAUUUGUGGUCCAGCGAGUUGAUGGCUUGGGUAUGCAUGUACACGUAUGGUCUCGAAGAGAGUACGCUACGAGUGAAUGGUUCAUCGACGUUCUCGCUCACCUAACGGAAGUACUUUUCGGAAGUAUUCUUCGCCACUUUUGCUU